AUGUCCGUGGUGCCGCCCAAUCGCUCACAAACCGGCUGGCCCCGGGUCAACCAGUUCAGCAACAAGUACAUCCAGCAGACCAAGCCCCUCACCCUGGAGCGCACCAUCAACCUGUACCCUCUUACCAAUUAUACUUUUGGUACAAAAGAGCCCCUCUAUGAGAAGGACAGCUCUGUUGCAGCCAGAUUUCAACGCAUGAGGGAGGAGUUUGAUAAAAUUGGAAUGAGAAGAACUGUAGAAGGGGUUCUGAUUGUACAUGAGCACCGGCUACCACAUGUGUUACUGCUACAGCUGGGAACAACUUUCUUCAAAUUACCAGGUGGUGAACUUAACCCAGGAGAAGAUGAAGUUGAAGGACUAAAACGCUUAAUGACAGAGAUACUGGGUCGUCAGGAUGGAGUCCUGCAAGACUGGGUCAUUGAUGACUGCAUUGGUAACUGGUGGAGACCAAAUUUUGAACCUCCUCAGUACCCAUAUAUUCCUGCACAUAUUACAAAACCUAAGGAACAUAAGAAGUUGUUUUUGGUUCAACUUCAAGAGAAAGCCUUGUUUGCAGUCCCUAAAAAUUACAAGCUUGUAGCUGCACCGUUGUUUGAAUUAUAUGAUAAUGCACCAGGAUAUGGACCCAUCAUUUCUAGUCUCCCUCAGCUUCUGAGCAGGUUCAAUUUUAUAUACAACUGAAUUCCUGCACAGUGGAGAAGUAAAAGAAGCCGUCUCUGUGAGCACAGCUAUACACAGUGUAGAAUAAACAUGGUAGAAAAGUUUUUUUUCGUUUUUAUCUCUUUCCCAGUCCCUAAAUUGCUACCUACUUUCUGUUGUUUGAAUAGUAAAGUUAAUAUGAAGAACUCGAUAGUGGUGUAAACAAAUGUGAUAAUGUUUAAUUUACUUUUGGUUCUACUCAUACUUUUUUGUACAACAUUAAAGAAUAUG